AUGCAGUGGAAUGUUUGGGACUGUCCUUUCCACCUGACGGACGUGAUGCCCAGAUAUGAUGCAAUCCAGUCGCCCUUCACGGUGAAGGUCCCCUUCGUUGAGAUGGCCUACCGGGAGGAGGGAGCAGUGGCCUACCUAGAGCUGGUGAUCUGCGAGACUGCCAUGGAUGACGAGUCCCUCGACCCCGGGACGCACUUGUAA